CAGCCCGGGGUGGAGGGCUCGAGGCCGCGCCGGCCGCCCUGCCUGGAGGGGCGAGGACGCCCUUCCGUGGGCUUCUCUGACGCCCAGCGACAUGCCAGCCCCGCUCCCCGUCUUCCUGCGCCUCCUCCUCCUCUUCAAGCUGGUGGCCCCGGUGACCUUCCGGCACCACCGCUACGACGAGCUCGUGCGGGCGCUGUACAAGGUGCACAACCAGUGCCCCGACAUCACGCGCGUCUACAGCAUCGGGCGCAGCGCGAAGGGGCGGCUGCUCUACGUGCUGGAGCUCAGCGACUACCCUGGAAGCCACGAGCCCCUGGAGCCCGAAGUCAAGUACGUGGGGAACAUGCACGGCAACGAGGUGCUGGGCCGCGAGCUGCUGCUGCAGCUGUCCGAGUUCCUGUGCGAGGAGUUCCGGAGCCGGAACCCGCGCGUCCUGCGCCUCAUCCAGGACACCCGCAUUCACAUCCUACCUUCCAUGAACCCCGAUGGCUACGAGGUGGCUGCCGCCCAGGGCCCAGACAUGUCUGGUUAUCUGGUUGGCAGGAACAAUGCGAAUGGAGUGGACCUGAACCGGAACUUCCCUGAUCUCAAUACCUAUUUCUACUACAAUGAGAAGUAUGGAGGUCCCAACCACCACUUGCCCCUUCCAGACAACUGGAAAAGUCAGGUGGAACCUGAGACCAGGGCUGUUAUCCAGUGGAUGAAUGCCUUCAACUUCAUUCUCUCAGCCAAUCUCCAUGGAGGGGCAGUGGUGGCCAAUUACCCAUAUGACAAGUCCCUUGAGCAUCGGUUUCAAAAUCCCCACCGCACCUCCGAAUCCCUCACUCCUGAUGAUAAGCUUUUCAAAAAGCUAGCCAGGGUCUACUCCUAUGCACACGGAUGGAUGCACCAAGGAUGGAACUGUGGAGAUUACUUCCCAGAUGGCAUCACCAAUGGGGCAUCCUGGUAUUCUCUCAGUAAAGGAAUGCAAGACUUCAAUUAUCUUCACACCAAUUGUUUUGAGAUCACCCUGGAACUGAGUUGCAACAAGUUUCCCCGGGAAGAGGAAUUAGAGCGGGAGUGGCUGGGUAAUCGGGAAGCUCUGAUCCAGUUCUUAGAACAGGUCCACCAGGGGAUCAAGGGAGUGGUGCUUGAUGACAAUUAUAACAACCUCCCUGGGGCUGUCAUUUCUGUCACCGGAAUUAAUCAUGAUGUCACUUCAGGUGAAGAUGGGGAUUACUUCCGGCUGCUGCUUCCAGGAACCUACACUGUCACAGCCACAGCCCCAGGGUUCAACCCGGAAACAGUGAGCGUGACCGUGGGGCCUGCAGAACCCACCCUGGUUAACUUCCAACUUAAGAGAAUCACAGAUCAAGUGUACCCUGUGCGGAGAGUUCCCGGAGGAGGGCCAAGGAGCCGAGGGAAAGUGCUGUCGCGGACACCCAAGAGGAAAGACACAGCGACCAAGCGGCAGCACCGAGGGCCCGCCUGAAGCCCGCAGUGCGGCAGAAAGGCCCGUUGCUGCUGUCAGAUGCCAUGGCCACCCUUCUAUUUUAGAAUCUGGAACAUAUUUAAGUAUAGGUGCAUUCAGAACACUUCUGAAUGGCUCCAUCUGUUCCGGGAAUAAGCUGUCCCCAGGCCAGCAUUAAAGGAAUCAGAACCUA